CUUACCGCUUCACUGCUGGCACAGCUCUCCUCCUAUCGGAGACAGAAGAAGAUGGCGGAAGUGCCGCUUCCAUGGGAGCUCCCUCUUUUUGUCGCAGCAGCAGGCGGAGAAACGGCCAAAAUCACAAGGCUGUUGCAGGAAGAAGGUCGGGGUGUGAACUUUCGCCAUGAGGCAUCUGGCCGAACCGCACUGUGCUGGGCUGCGGAGAACGAUUACUGGGAUGCGGUCAAGCUGCUCAUCCACCGAAACGCCGACGUCAAUGCCCGUGAUAACCAGGGUCGAACACCCCUGGCCCAGGCAGCAGCGCAUGGACACGCAGGUGUCAUUAACGAAUUGGUCGUGGCUGGCGCCAGUAUUGAGACGCGGGAUGCACUUGGUCUCACCCCACUAAUGCUGGCGGCGCAAGGUGCUAGUGAUCGUGCAGUUCGUGCUUUACUGGCAGCAGGAGCCGAUCCAAAUGUCCAGAAUACCGAGGGCCUUGGUCGGACUCCUUUGUCGCGUAGCGGCAGAGCGAGGCUAUGAGAAUGUUUGCAAGACAUUAAUGGAUGAUGGCAAUGCCGCGGUGGACCUGGCAGACACGUCGCGUCGGACUCCUCUAUUGUGGGCCGCGAUGCACGGCCACGCCGAAACUGUCUCCAUUUUGCUACGACACAAUGCCAACAUAGAAGUGAAAGAUGCGGUCCAUAGUCGCACACCUCUUGCUUGGGCUGUGGAGAAGGGACACGAGCCUGUGGUUGAGAUAUCGAAGAGAAAACACGCAUUCAUCGGAGAAGAGAGAAAGCGUGACGAGGCAGCUUUGCUCCGUGAGCCAAGCGCUGCCUCUGCUAACAGGCCUGAGC